AGUAUGUAUGAAUUCAUACAUGUAUAAUGGCUCUAGCCUGUCACCAUAUGAUGUCAAUAUUACUGGAAAAAGGGAUUAAUAAAUAAAAAGUGCUGUGUGAGCAUGUGUUCAUCUCUGACUUCCCCCUCUUGUGUGUGUGGUUUAAGUUUCAUCUAAAGCUCAGUGGUGUUUCCGCUCACAGUGAGAGAUGCUUGAAUGAUUUACAGUAUAGAAGAUAUUCAUUUGGAUCAGACAAUGAAGAUCAUACAGUUUCAUAUCUAUCUGUUGAUGUGGUUUCAAGCCACAGAGAGUCUAACAAACAUAGCAGUAACUUUAGGAGCUGAUGUGAAUAUAACCUGUGAUCUUGAUAUCAAGGAGGUUUACUGGUACAAACACAAAUCACCGGAUCCUCCAGUGUUGAUCUUACGCACUUUUGACAGGAUAUCUGAAGGAGCUAAAUAUGAAAACAGCAUCUCCAAACACAAAUACUCAGUUAAAACUAACAGUCGUCUGUUCAUCAGAAAUAUCAGCACUGAUGAAUUAGGAGUUUAUUAUUGUGUCAAAACUAGUGAACCACUAAAAUUCAGCAACGGAACCAAAAUCUACAUCAGCGAGUCUGUCCAAAGGAAUCAGACUGCAGAAUUUAAGCCACAUGAUGCUUCACAAUAUAAUAAAUCGUGGAGAAAUCUGAUGAUCAUCAUCAUCUCAUCUGCCCUGCUCAACGUGCUUUUGACCAUCACUUUAAUAGGUUUGGUGAUUCGCUACCUUCAUGCAACUAGAAAAUGUAAAAAUAUUUCAAACAACCCUCAAACCACCACGGCAGCACAGCACUCAGAAGAUACACAGUACGCUGAAAUUGAUUAUCCCAUCUGCCCCAGAGAAAGCAGGCCUUGCCAGGACCAGACCACUAUUCUCUUUUACAGCCAAUGAAAACCGUGAAUAAGUAGUUUAAAAUGUACUAUGUUUGUUAAAUAUACUUUGGAUAUUACAAAUGUGUAUUAAAGUUUAACAUUUAUGUAAUUCAGUUUGUAGAAUUUCAUACUUUCAAUGACUUCAGUGAUAUAUUAUUUUAAAAUGUUUAAGAUAGUAAAAAAACAUAAGUGAAUAUAUCUACAUAUUUAAUAUUUAAGAGAUACAUUGAAGAGAAAGGCAAAUUUGAAUCAAAUUUGAAACUAAUUUUUCAAUUUGAUUUUGAAAAAAUUUUCAAUUUGAUUUUGCUUUUUAUUUAAAUGUUUCUUUUACAAACAUUCAGUUCAAUGAAAAAAAUCCAAUAAAUUAUCUUCCAACCCCUCUCCUCUCCUGCAACCUGAUUUAACACUAACUUUUCACAGUAUGAAUGCCAAUAUGAAUGUGAACAUGUUGA